AUGCCAAUCACUUCUGUGAGAGACGUUGAUGAGCCAUGCUACCAUGAGAUUGUCUCUCGCAUCUAUCUGGGCAGCUGCGAAGCUUUCAAAAAGGACAUCAUUACUGACAAGAAGAUAACACAUGUUCUCUCACUGGGCGAUUUCGACAACGAUUUGGAUGUCAAGAUUGAAUACAAGAAUAUCAGUGUGAUGGAUGUCGAUGAGCAAAACAUCAUUCAGUAUUUUGAUGAAACCAAUGAAUUUAUCCAAGAAACAUACAAAGCAGGCGGCAGAAUCCUCAUCCACUGCCAGGCAGGUGUCUCACGAAGUGCUGCUGUGUUGGCUGCUUGUCUGAUGAAGUCAAAGAAGAUCAGCCGUGAUGACGCUCUCGAAAUCAUCAAACGCAAACGUCCCAGCGUAGCUCCCAAUGCUGGAUUCAUGGAGCAACUUUCACUCUAUUUCGAUUUGGGGUUUGACGUCGAUGCUAAACAUGUGGAAUACAGACGUUUCUUGGUGGCUAGUAUGGCUGAAGAACAAAAGAACUAUGGCUACAUUGAGCAUGUGGCAUUGGCUGCUGAUCCAGAGUACACACCUUUAACAUCAGCAAGUGACACUAAGAAAUUCAAGGCGCUGAGAUGCAGAAAGUGUAGACGUAUGCUGGUUGGAUCAGAGCAUGUGGUGGAUCACGAAGCAGGACAGGGCCAAGUCUCCUUUUCCUACCACAAGCGUAAUUCAGAUAUCAACAUCACCACCAAUGCCACAUUCACCGGCGACUCAGAAGUCAAUGCAUCACUGAACAAAGUCAAUGCUUCGUUAAACCCUCUGCUAGCAUCAUUAGCUAUCCAAAACAACACAUGUUCAUCUUAUUUCAUUGAGCCAAUGCAAUGGCAGGAGGGCUUGAUUGACGAUUUACAAGGUAGAAUUGACUGUCCAAAGUGUCAGUGCAAGUUGGGUGCUUACAACUGGUCUGGUGAUCAAUGCUCCUGUGGUCGCUGGAUCACACCUACAUUCAUGUUGCAUCGUAACAAGGUGGACGAAGUUAGAAAUGUGUUGAGAAAAUAA